GAAAGUUUUGCUGCUAUCUUCAUUGUAAAACUGAACAAAUCAGAUGGAAAUGACAGAAAGAAAUUACUCAGAAUAAAAACCUAAAAAUAUGUGAUAACUAAAAAGGAAUAAUGGCAGAGGAUAAAGUGUUUGUAUCAUUUACAUGCCAAAGAUGUUCGCAGGCUCUUCGACUGGACGAAUCGUUGAACUCAUUUACAGAACACAUAUCUGCUGAAUUGAACAUACCCAUACAUUCCAAUCCAGAUGUGGACUUGGAGUCUCAGGCCACCAGUUUUGACCAUUAUGUGCCUCCAUAUAGGCUGUCAGAUUCUGGUAAUGGAGUAAAUGGGUUUAUGUUGAUUUCUGAUGAAAAUGAAGCAGAAGUUCAUAGUAAUAGAUUUAAGAUCCAUGAAGCAUUGUUUGAUACAAUCUCAGGAAAUUCUAACAUAGAUCAUCCACUUUGUGAUGAAUGUACAGAUUAUUUGAUAGAUAUACUGGAAAAUCAAAUAAAAAUAACCCAAAAUGAUUUUGAUGAUUACCAGCAAUAUUAUAAAAUGCUAUUACAAAAUGAUUCCAAUGAACCCAAGUUGAAUGAGCUUCAAAAAGAAUUGAAUGAUCUUUUAGAAGAACAAAAUCGUUAUUUGGAAGAAAUGGAAGCUUUUGAGAAGGAAGAAAUUGAUUUACUGAAUGAAAUAAAGAAACAAGAAGAAAUAUCCAAAAAAAUAUCUUCUGAGGAAGAGAAAUAUUAUCAAGAAUACACUAAACAUCGCCGCUCCUUAGUUUCUACAGAGGAAGAUGCUAGAAGUCUGGAUACUCAAUUAAAUCUGGCUAAUACCCAUCUAGAUAAACUUAAAAACACCAAUGUUUUUAAUGCCACUUUUCAUAUUUGGCAUAAAGAACAUUUUGGAACAAUCAAUGGCUUUUGCCUGGGCCGGCUUCCCUCUGCCCCUGUUGAUUGGUCUGAAAUUAACGCAGCCUGGGGCCAAACUUCACUGCUCCUCUCAGCACUAGCCAGAAAAAUUAAUUUAACCUUUGAAAGAUACAAAUUGGUGCCAUACGGUAAUCAUUCUUACAUUGAAGUAAUUGGUGAACAAAAAGAACUGCCACUGUACGGUUCUGGAGGAUUCAGAUUUUUGUGGGACACCAAGUUUGAUCAUGGAAUGGUGGCUUUUCUCGAUUGUUUAUCGCAAUUCCAGGAAAAAGUUGAGCAAAUGGAAAAACCCACCAAAAUGUUUUGUUUUCCCUAUAGGACAAAUAAAGGGAAAAUAGAGGAUAAAGAUGCUAGCUACUCAAUAAAGAUCCAAUUAAAUUCUGAAGAACAAUGGACAAAAGCUUUAAAAUUCAUGUUGACCAACCUAAAGUGGGGUCUGGCUUGGCUUGCUUCCCAGUUCAAUAGUGAUGGGGAGGAAAUUCUACAAAAUGAUUCUUAAAUUUAUUUACCAUUUUAAUCAUUGUUAUUAUACAUAUUUAAUUUUGUUUAUAAAAUGACUGAUUGAAUUUGUUGUAUUAAUUGAAAAUAAAAUUAGUACCUUGAUAGUAUAUUU